GUAGGAGAAGAAAUAACUGACACUGGCCCAGCAGCUAGGGCCAACUGCACCCAAGACCGGUGGCUAGCUAGCUAUACCCACGACAAAUGCGGUGUCACUGGUUAGCUUAAUGCAUUUUUUCAUGGCCAGGACGAUAAUGUUAAGAAGAGAGAAAAUCAUUCCAAACGCAACCAUGUAGAGCAGGUCAUAUACAGCCAAGGCAGAUUAGCUGAUAUUAUAUUUUAUGAGUCAUAUAUGUCAUGAGUACCGCAUACCAAUAGCUAACUGGUUCCCGACUUGUAACUAAAAAUAUCGCUUAUUCAAAAAUUACCCAUUCAUUUUCCCAUUGACAAAAUUGCUGGAAAACGAGGGGAGUGGCUUGGUGACGUUUUCACUUACAAGGUCUAUAGCUCUGGAAAUGGGACUCGGGGUUUUGCUGUACGUACCCAAUGUUAUUGGGUACAUCCGGGUCCUUCUGGUGCUAAUCUCGUGGAGUGGUUUCGAUAAUCCUGCAGUGUUUGUCCCCUGCUAUGUUGUAUCAAUAAUACUGGAUGGGGUAGACGGCUGGGCGGCUCGCAGGUUGGACCAGACGUCGGAGUUUGGGGCCUGGCUGGACGUGGUGGUGGACAACCUGGGGCGGGGCAUGCUGUGGAGCACGCUGUACGAGUGGGGCUGGCUGGUGUCGGCGGUGGAGUGGUGCGUGUUCGCGUGCAACCACAACGCGCACGGCGCUCAGUGGAAGACCAGCUUCUCGGAGAGCCCCCGGCUGAUCCAGGCCGUCAUGGCCAAAGGUUUUAAGACGCCCACGGGGGUCCUGGCCAUCGGCGGGCUGCACGUCCUGCCCGUGUGGCUGUACGGCUACCAGCAGGGGGUGCUGUCCCGCCCGCUCUGCGUCCCGGAGUGGCUGCAGGUUCUGGGGGUGCUGGUGCUCGCUGGCGGGAGGCUGCUCUGUCUCUGUGUGGAGGUGUGGUGUGUCUGGGCUCACAUCCACUUCCUCACCAGAGAUAAGCAGGUAGAGAGGAGAGAGUGACCCGACCGAGGCCGACGCCCACGGGCCCCGACUGCGGUGGCGUGUCCAGACUUUUUUAAACUGGGGUGGCCCAUGUGGGGCACUGACUUAUGCAGGGGCGGCGUGAAGCACGAGCACACACGCACGCACGCACACGUCAGAAUAGCAUUCAUUUACCAUUUUUGUCUCCACUACACACUACCCAUAUAUACUUUAAUGACUAAUAUUACAGUGUCUUACAUUCCUGUGUUUAACUUAAAAGAUAAAUAGAUCUACCAAUCGCAACACAACACAA